AUGGAUCGCGUACGCAGACUCAUCAGCGAGUCGCCGGCCUACGAGCCACUGGAAGGUUCCGUGGAGGACGGUGAUCACGAUGAUCCCCGACGGCCACCCCAGUUCUCCAGACUGGAAUACAGCAUUUUCUUCCUCCUCGGAAUGGCCAUGCUAUGGGCCUGGAACAUGUUCCUAGCUGCAGCACCCUACUUUCACGACCGGUUCGAAUCAAACGAAUGGGUCGCCACACAUUACCAGUCCUCCAUUCUCUCUGUUUCAACAGUCACAAACCUUGGAACUGUAUAUAUCCUCGCCCGAAUGCAGAAGAAUGUGUCCUACCCGUGGCGCAUUACGCUGUCACUGCUUAUAAAUUGCGCCGUUUUUACACUUUUGGCCUUUUCAACGGUGGUUAUGAAAGACAUCUCGGUGGGCAGCUAUUUUGCAUUCUUGAUGAUCAUGGUGUUUGGCGCAAGCUUUGCAACCGGUCUCAACCAAAAUGGCGUCUUUGCGUACGUGGCAGGCUUCGACAGAGAAGAGUACAUGCAGGCGAUUAUGAGUGGACAGGGUGUGGCUGGUGUUCUGCCAUGUCUUGCGCAGAUUAUUUCGGUUCUGGCUGUGCCGAGAAAGGCAGGCCAGGACGGGCCGCCGCAGUCGUCUUCCAAAUCGGCUUUUAGUUACUUCCUGACUGCUACAGUCGUGUCUAUACUCACACUGCUGGUUUUCCUUCAUCUUCUCAGACGCCGUCCUGGCGUGCAGUUGAAGGCCUCGGAUGAGGAUGAGGAUGGAGAAGAUGACCAGAUAGACCAGAAGUCGGUCAGCUUGUGGACGUUGUUCAAGAAGUUGCGGCAUCUGGCUUUUUCGAUCUUCAUGUGCUUCACAGCUACGAUGAUGUUCUUCCCGGUCUACACCACAGAGAUUAUGUCUGUCAAUGACCCGGCCAAGUCCCGGAUGUACGACCCGUCUGUAUUCAUCCCGCUUGGAUUCCUCCUCUGGAAUAUUGGAGAUCUUGGCGGUAGAAUGCUCGUGGUUAUUCCACGCUUCUCCCUCGCCCACCGCCCGUUAAUAGCGUCUGGAUUCGCCAUUGCGCGUUUCGCAUUCGUUCCUCUCUAUCUACUCUGCAAUAUCAACGGCCUCGGAGCUGUGGUGCAAAGUGACCUCUUCUACCUAUUCAUCGUGCAGUUGUUCUUUGGCGCAACCAAUGGAUACUUAGCGUCUAGCUGCAUGAUGGGCGCUAGCCAUCGGGUUUCGGAGGAUGAGAGAGAGGCCGCGGGUGGAUUCAUGGGUAUGAUGCUUGUGGGUGGAUUGACCGCAGGCAGUCUGUUGAGUUUCCUUGUCGCCAGAUGA